ACACUGCACUGUGCCGUCCAGCUUACCACCGCCAACACCAUACAUCAGCCGCCCCCGCGCUGCUGUGCACCCAAGUAGUUCACCUCGCCGUCUAAUCACCGCCUACCGCGCAACGUCGCCGACCGCCGUCACCGCACUCCGCGUCCACAGUUCUUGGUUGUAACAUGGCCACCAUGGCAGGUAGUGCGAGAAACCGCGAUUUUGCAGGUGGCGCCUCACUCAACAACACAGAUAACGAUCGCUCGGCCUACACAUGGGGCAACAGCAUUUGGAACUCGAAGCCAGUCGGGUCUGGCUUUGGCUCGACACCUCGAGACGGCUCGCGACCCAGAGACAGCAAUGCCCUCCUUGGUGUGACUGCCGAUAUCGCCGAGGGCAGGACAGGCUCCGGCUCGCUCGUUUCCCCUCCUGCGUCUGAGUGGAGGCAGAGUCGUCCUUCCCAGGUUUGGGGAGACAGUUCCCACAUUAGGAGCUCUGGCGUAUCACCCGCGCGGAAGCGCUCCGUUGCACAGAACCAAAAUGCACCACAAUUCGGCGAAAACCCAUCCUCGCUCUUCUCUGUCUCGCGAACUACGUCGGUAAACCAGGGGCAAGGCGUAAGGGCUCUCAAGCCACUACUCGACCCUACUUCGACCAACUUCACCUCGCGCAACGUCGAUUCACUAAGCAAAGGAUUUUCCAACUUCGGUUUUGGCCAGGCUGAGCUCGCUAGCCCGCAAGGACCUGAUAACUCCGUUUCGCCGUGGCCGGACGCAGCUGUCCACUCGCCCAUCGAUGAUAGACGGAGUGUGACAGGCUCUGAUCACUACGGCACCACCAGUGGUGCACAAUCGUGCAGUGGCAGUCUACCACCCUCGAGACAUGGUGCCGAAGGUAGUCAUUACAAUCCUUACGCUGACUCAUUUGCUCGAUUCUCCCAGUCAGGAGCACGUCAGACCUCUUCCUUGUCUCACGCCAACCCUCGUCCCUUCCAGGAGCGCAAUGGCUCUAUUCACAGUGAGUCACUACAGCUUGCUCAAGCUCAGAUGAAGCACGAGCAGGAGCAAGAACCCCGCCUUGGAGCGCACAGAUCCUCCUUCAGCAUCAACGCUUUCACGCCAGCGUUCACACCUGCAGGUCAAGCACUGAACGACCCUCGCGAUUCCUACCAGGACGUACAGAUGCCUGUCCAGCCUGAAGCUCAGGCCUUCCGCAGCUCUGGAACCUACACACCUGACAGCUUCACCAACGGCCAGGUGAGCGAUCCUAAUGCGCUAUUCCGAUCGGUCAACUACGAUACUCGAAGCGCACCGAACGGCAACACCGCAGUUCGACAAAGCCCAUUCUACUCACACGCCCACACACCUCCCGUGCACGACUACCUCAACCCCACUUAUCGUGGCGAUCAGGGACUCAACCACCCGAACAACAUCGCGCUUGUUCAGAACAAGCUGGCGGGCUACCAGAUCCAGCAAGAACGACGCAAUGUCGCACCACCUCAAUACUACCAACAGUACCAGCAGAUGCUGCCGAUGAACCAAUUACGCAACCCCCAAGCCUAUCAGUAUGCGAUGCCGAACGGUAUGCCCAUGACUGCGCUGCCACCGCACAUGACUAUGGUCCAGAUGGCGCCUAUGAUGCCUGUCCUCGAAGCGCCCCGAGGCCCGCGGAUGCAGCAAGCCGCAGACAACAUUGGUGCCAUGAGCCUUGUACUAGACUCGUUCAAGAAAGAGAGCAAGCAGAACAAGCGCUGGGAGCUGACCGACAUCUACGAGAACGUAGUGGAGUUCGCUGGAGACCAGCAUGGAUCCCGCUUCAUCCAGCAAAAGCUAGAGACCGCCAACAGCGAGGUGAAGGACCACAUUUUCCGGGAACUCGAGAAGAACGCAUUGCAGCUAAUGCAAGACGUCUUUGGCAACUAUGUGAUCCAGAAGUUCUUCGAGCAUGGUGAUCAGAUCCAAAAACGCGUCUUGGCUGGAAAGAUGAAAGGUCAUGUGUUUGCGCUGUCAAACCAGAUGUACGCCUGCCGAGUUGUGCAGAAGGCACUCGAGCACGUGCUUGUAGACCAGCAAGCUGCCAUGGCCAAGGAAUUGGAAAAAGACGUACUGAAGACCGUGAAGGACCAGAACGGCAACCACGUCAUCCAAAGAGUUGUCGAGCGAGUCCCGAUCGAGUACAUCCAGCCAAUUGUUGACUCCUUCAGAGGCCAGAUUGACAAUCUUUCGACCAACUCUUAUGGCUGCCGCGUCAUCCAGCGGUUGGUUGAGAAGAUUCCAGAGCCUCAGCGCCGAUUCAUCCUCACUGAACUGCACGCGGCUGGCCCCAAGCUCAUCACCGACUCUUACGGCAACUACGUUGUGCAGCACGUCAUCGAGCACGGUUUGCCUGAAGAUCGGGCAAAGAUGAUCACACUGAUCAAGAACCAAUUUCUCAUGUUCAGUAAACACAAGUUCGCUAGCAACGUUGUCGAGCGCUCCUUGGUUUGCGGAUCGGAAGCAGAACGUCGUGAACUCGUAUCGACUGUCAUCACGAAGAACGAGCGUGGCGAGAACAAUCUAUUGAGCCUUCUGAAGGAUGGGUUUGGCAAUUACGUGAUUCAGAAGAUGCUCGAGACUCUUACCCGCCCCGACUACGACAUCUUCGUCGAAGCACUCAAGCCUGAAUUGGAGAAGGCGAAGAAGAUCAUCUCUGGGAAGCAGAUUAUCUCGGUCGAAAGGAAGAUGGACCGAUUUAAUCGCACCGACUCUCCCACAGAAACUCGUGACGAUAUACCACCCACACCGAGCCUUUCGAGCUCGGCACAGUCACCCCGGAGCAGCACACUCCCCUCCACCUCCGCGUCAACCAUCGACGAACCUGUACAUUCUGCAACAUCGACCUCGAAGACCAUGCCCUCCGUCACUGAGGGCGUGAAGAUCGAGGAAUCGACAUCUUGAACGAUCUCACACGACUUCUCAUAAGGCGCACCGCUACUCUUCACUUUCAUUGCUACAUGCAUUUGUACUGGGUGGGCCGGCAUG